AUGGAAACUUUAGUGUCUCUAAAAAUUUAAGAUACAGCUAUUAGAUAUAAUAUACUAUAAUAGAUAGGAUCUGGAGGUCAAGGAGCUGUUUACUUGGCUGAAGAUCUUAAAGACCCAGACUUGAGAUUCGUUGCAUUAAAGUAACAAGAAUUAGACUUAAUGCUAGGAAGGAUUAAGAAUUCUAUCCUUAGACAACAUUAGUGCUUAUACUGCUAACUAUGCACUCGCUGUAAACACUGCCAAAAAUGCGAUUCUUGCAAGCAUAAACCACACACAAUACAUUAAUCUAAACAAUUAGAAGAAUCAGCACAUGAAGCAAAAGGGUUACUAUCCAGAGAACUGCUUAGGCUUUUAAGAGAAAUUUCAUCGAUUCAGCUAAAACAUCUGAAUAUUGUCACCAUUUAUGAAUCAUACAUCUCAACUGAUAACAAAUUCAUAAUCAUAAGUGAAUUUGCUCCACAAGACCUAGAAAAAUUUGUGGAGAGACGAUUCCAAAUUCAGUAGCAAUUGACUAAUCACGAGAUCUCAAUGAUUCUUCUUCAAAUAUUAAAUGGCCUUGAGUACAUUCAUGCAUAAAACUUCAUACAUAGAGAUAUCUCUCCUUAAAAUAUCCUAGUUUUCAAAGAUCAAAUUAUCAAAAUUUGUGAUUUUGGGUUUGUAUCUUAUGGGGACUAAACUAAUGCUAAUAUUGGAAAAUAAGAAUAUAUGGCCCCUGAAGUGAAUUAUGGAAAUUAGAAUUACAACAAUGCUAUUGAUAUAUGGUCACUUGGAAUAACUCUGUAUUACAUUUGCACAGGCUCAAUAAUCUUUAAAGGAGAAUCAGUUAAUUAUCUUGCCAAAGAUUAGAAACGUAUUGAAUUGCCAGCUGAGCACUCAUAAUUUUAGGAGAUGCUUGAAUAAAUGAUAUAAAUUAAUCCUGAUAAUAGACCAACAGCUACCCAACUUAAAGAAGAUUUAAUGAAAUUUAUAGAUGAAAACAACUCAGAUUUAAAAAAGUAUAAAAAUUUGCUUUUGCUACAUUUAACUAAUUAACACAAAGUUAUUAUUUCAAAGCAAGGUGAAAUUUAUGAAAAAUAAAUCUAAAGAUAUUUCAAAUAAGAAACCAUUAGAUAAGAAGCUACUUCUCAUGAAGACAAGAUCUUAUUUGAUUAAUGA